UUUAUUUCAUCACACAAGGACGAGGAAUGAAACAGUUAUGGUGGUUUUUCAGACUGGGAUGUUGCAUCUGGGACCUUCAAUCAUCAUCAUCUUUCUUCUGACUUGUGGAGAUUCUACUGAUAUAUUUGAUAAAAAUAUUCAUGCAAUCAACAGAACUGCUUCUCAGGGAGAAACUGUGGUUUUUCACUGUAAUGAAAGUGAAGAUAAAGGAGCUGAAGGAGUUGAUGUCGGAUGGCGUAAGGAGAAGAUUCUUCUUUUUAUCUACAGCCCUGUUAUUAACCAAACUGUGACAAACUACACAUCAAGCAGAAUGUAUGUCGAUCCCAACAAUCCACGGAAACUACAGAUAUCUGAUGUACAGCCUUCAGACGCAGGAACCUAUAAAUGUUUCCUAUCAGAAGCACAAAAACAAUGGAAAUUGACCGUAGAAGUCACAGACAGUAAACCAGAGCUACACAAAAUGUUUCUCUACAUCGUCCCCUCAGUUACAGGAGCUGUUGCAGUGUGCUUUAUUAUCAUCUGUGCUGUGUGGAUUAACAGGAAACACAGAACAGGAAACAAGGAAACUGGGCUUGAGCUUCAAACACAAGGAAGAAGAACUGACCGCGUUCAGAACAGCCAGUAUUUUGAGAGGUUUAACUCUAUAUAUGGAGACAGAAGACUGAACUGAAGAUUUCUCUGGAAUUUUACUGGAGUCUGGAAUCUUACUGCACGUGGGAUAAAUCAAAUCAACCUUGCAAGAGCAAGAGGACAUCGCUCAGUCUGGUCUGGAGACUAAUCUACAAGACUUCAGCUGCCUAUUUAAGAUGUUCAGUCAUGAUUCGGUGCAGGUCGCAUGUUGAAGAAGACAGCAGCAGAAAUCACUUCUUUGAAGUCACAAUCAAGAUAAGUUUGAAUCAAAUAAAGAAUAUUAAGACUGAAUAAUGGGUUAGAUUAUCCUAUUGAUUAUCAUUACCAAUUAUGCUAUUGAUUUUCAUUACUGAUUAUAGUAGAUCACUGUGGUCAAAGUUAGGAUUGUCAACAACAACGACAGACUUUUCUUGCUAAUAUUUCAGAGCAGCUGGCAGAAUCAGCUGUCACAUUAUGCUUUGCUUUGAAUUUGAGAAGGUGAACCACUCUGUGUUCUGGAAAGACUCUUUCCAGUCAAGAUUCAACAUUCAAAGAACACCCUGGAAAUGACAAGCGAUAUUAACUUUUAAUCAUGCAUAUGGAAAGGAAAAUACAGCAGAACAGCCCAAAUGUAUUUACUGACACCUGAAAAAAAUGUAAUUUAGCAAAAAGUACAAAUGACUUACAAUGUUUUUUGGUUGAACUUAUUCUUUAAAGGAAUCAGAUAAAGAGAACAAUGCAGGAACUGUACCUGUAAACUCAAAGCAAAGAUUGUUAUUGUAUUUUAAAUAUCUGGGUGUGCUUAUAUAUAGAUAAAAUAAAAAUACACCCCGCUUUCAGUGCAAUAUGAAGCUUAAAUGACAGCUUUAUGAUUGUAGUCAGUUUGUCAGUUUAUUAAUUUAUUUGUGAUUAAUUAUUUAUUUAUUUUGGCUCCUUCAGUCAUGUGAUUGAUAAUGUUACCUGUAUAGUGCAUUUCUGAAUUGGGGCUUGGAGCGAUGUGGCCAAGAUAACAGACUGUAGAUAUAUUUGUAAAUAUAUCUUAUGUAAUAUUGUAAAAUUUGUCAGUCAUAGACAUAAGUGAUUUCUUAUGACUUUUCUGUCCAUUUAAGUUAAACUUUGUAUUAGAUAAAUGUGUAUUACAAUAAGUACACUGUCAGAAUGAAAGUACUGUGUGUAGAAACAUUUUUCAUUCAUCAAGGUAAAAAUGUAAAUGUUCUCUCAAAGGUACAACAGU